UUCCGAAGAUUAAACGCAGCGAAUGCAAACAGUUAUCUCGUUUGACCAUCCCUGGCGCCUCUUGUUCCCGAUGCACAAUAAACAAAUGAUAUGAAUCUCACACGAGCGAGGACAAUCAUCUGGAGAAUUCAAGGUUCUGUUGUACUGUCUACUCAGCAAUGUACUAUCGAAGAUUCAUAACCUUGUCAACUGUUUCUUGGAGGCUGCGACGUUUGUUGCCGUAAGUGGAACCGAUCGAUUAGUUGCAUCCAUACUGUUUGAUCACUCUGUAGCACCUCGAUUUAAUGGGCGGUGCAGUAAGUCGGCGGAGUUUUUGGUGAGGAGCAAGCUAUUUACGAAGUUGAAGUGUUGAUCGUUGUUAAGUGGUGUGAGAAUCCCGUCGCGGAUUCGAUGUGUGGGUAAUCUUCGGAAUAUUUGUAAGCCUGGCGAUGAGUCCCUGCGCGGGGACAUGCCAGUGCAGAGCAGCUGCGAAAGGGCCGGCUUCGGCCAUAGCUGCUCUGCGCUUGGCGCGUUCUGUGGCGCUGCCGUCGAUGCUCUUCUCGGAAAUUCUCUUUGGGAAGCGAGUAGUUCCGGUGCACUUGAAAAUCGCACGAUGGCCCCUUCAGUUGGGUGCUGCUCGAAUUGUGUCCAAUGGAGCCUUGUUUAGGGCAUCCUCAGGCAUCCCUGAGCAGAAUCGUCAACAGCCUGGUCUUGCGGUCUCCGGCAAAUUGCCUCUUCGACAAGGCUCUAAGUGGCUCAAUGGUCAAGGCCCAAAUUUGUGGCAACUACAGUUGGGGUUGCUUGCAGCAAGAAGUAACAGGCCUUGUCGCUGCCAGAGCAAACUUGGUAAUGGAAACAUUUCUAAGGCUCUCAGUACUAGCACGGGAGGUGGAGGUAGUGAUGGUUUUUUUGCGCCAGCCGCAGGCGAUGCCUCAAAUGUGGCAUUUGGCACUGAAGUAUUAGCACCUCAUGCGGAGGAUGUAUUCGUUCUGGAUGUUGGAGGAAUGUCGUGUGGUGGUUGUGCUUCUUCUGUGAAAAGGAUAUUGGAAUUACAACCACAAGUGACAGGAGUAGCUGUCAACUUAGCGACGGAGACUGCACAAGUAAAAGUAACCUCGGAGUCUGUGGGGAAAAAUGGAUGGGAAAAGAUUAAGCGUCGACUUGCGGAAUCUUUAGCUAAUCACUUGACGAGUUGCGGUUACAAAUCUUGCCCUCGAGAAGAGCAAGCCGAGAAGGGUAGAGGUGUGGCUUUGCCUGCGGCACUUCGUAAACGUGAAGAAAGACUCGCUAAGCUGAAAGACAGUGGACGAAGGCUAGCAGUUGCAUGGACUCUUGCUGCAUUUUGCUUGGUGGGCCACAGUCAUCAUUUUAUUGGGCAAUUAGAUCCAUCAUGGCUUCAUAUGUUACACUCCACUGGAUUCCACGCAGCUUUGUCACUGGUUGCUUUGAUUGGACCUGGACGCAAGCUAUUAGUGGAUGGGUGGAAGAGCCUUUGGAGGGGAUCGCCCAAUAUGAAUACCCUUGUUGGACUGGGAGCAGUGUCAUCAUUCGCUGUUAGCACUGCUGCAACUCUAUUACCCAAAUUGGGAUGGCAAGCAUUUUUUGAGGAGCCAGUGAUGCUCCUAGCAUUUGUGCUACUGGGAAGAGCAGUGGAGGAGAGAGCAAAGCUUCAGUCUAGUAGUGAUAUGACUGUCCUUCUUAACGUGUUGCCCUCAGAAGCACGCCUACUCAUAGGGCAAGACAACGAUGGCCAUCCAACUACUAUGAAUGUUCCCUGUGAUAGUCUAUCAAUUGGAGACGCAGUUGUUGUGUUGCCUGGGGAUCGAAUUCCAGUUGAUGGUGUGGUCAAGUCAGGAAAGAGCACCGUCGACGAGUCCAGUCUUACAGGAGAGCCCCUGCCUGUUUUGAAACAAUUUAGAGAUGAAGUCACAGCUGGAACUGUCAAUCAUAAUGGCACUAUUACAGUUCAAGCAAAAAGAGCCGGUGGUGAUACCGUUAUGAAUGAUAUUAUUCGUAUGGUGGAGGACGCUCAGACAAGAGAAGCUCCUGUGCAACGGCUUGCUGACAAGGUUGCAGGUCGAUUUUGUUAUGGGGUCAUGGCACUCUCCGGAGCUACAUUUGUCUUUUGGACCAUGUUUGGACCUGUGUUAUUCCCAGCAGUUGUGCCAACUGGUGGGCCAUUAUUGCUUGGCUUUCAGUUGGCGUGUAAUGUUUUGGUCAUUGCCUGCCCUUGUGCCCUUGGACUUGCGACUCCAACAGCCGUUCUGGUUGGUACAUCCCUGGGGGCACGGAGAGGUCUGCUUAUAAGGGGCGGAGACGUUUUGGAAAAAGUGUCAUCUAUUGAUACUAUUGUGUUUGACAAGACGGGGACGCUUACAGUUGGUCGGCCUGUUGUCAAGAACGUGAUUUGCAACAGUAGCACGUGGUCUGAAAAAGAGUUACUGGCAUUUGCUGCUGGUGUGGAGAGAGCAACAUCUCACCCCAUUGCUAAAGCACUAGUGCAGGCAGCUACAAGUUAUGGUUGCCGUCAAGCAGUGGCCGAAGAGUCUACGUUUGAGCAGGAACCAGGCAGUGGAGCAAAAGCUAUUAUUGAAGGAAAGCUUGUAUCUGUAGGCACGUUAGAAUGGCUACAAAGAUCUGGAGUGGAAAGAGUACCUCCGGAAUUUACAGGGGCUGCGACGCAAGGGCAGACUGUUGUCUAUGUGGGUGUGGAUGAUAAGGUCGUGGGAGCUAUCACAAUGAUCGAUGAAGUGAGGGACGAUGCAAAGGCUACCAUUGAAACCCUUCAUUGGAUGGGCAUUAAAACGUCUAUACUGUCCGGGGACAAACUGGAGGCUGCUAAAGCUGUAGCUGCGAAAGUGGGCAUCGAUUGGAAUAAGGUCUAUGCUGGAGUGAAGCCGUCUGAAAAAGAAGACUUUAUAAGACAAUUACAAUCGGAGAAAAGAUUCGUGGCAAUGGUUGGGGAUGGUGUGAAUGAUGCUGCAGCAUUAGCUCAAGCUCAAGUUGGUAUUGCUAUGGCAGGUGGAGUUGGAGCAGCUAGUGAAGUUGCAUCAAUAGUUCUUAUGGGAGACAAACUGAGUCAGGUUGUUGAUGCUAUCGAAUUGAGCCGGUUAACGCUUAAGAAAAUCAAGCAGAAUCUUUGGUGGGCAUUCAUAUACAACAUUGUGGGACUACCACUCGCUGCAGGUGCUCUGCUGCCUUCAGCCAAUAUAAUGCUUACUCCAUCAAUUGCGGGUGCACUCAUGGGUAUAAGCUCUUUGGGUGUCAUGGCAAAUUCAUUGCUGCUCCAGCUGGAAUUUUCACGGCCUUCUUCCAAUAUGAAAAAUUCUUUGAGCUCCUCACGGAGGUCAGCAGAUCCAUCACAGCAUGUUGCAUCCAUACCAAACGGAAAUUCUACUCAACAGGAGUUUGAACGAUCUCAAGACGAAGACGUUGAGUUGGGAUUGGAUUCCCUGGAACGAAGUGCCAAGUAUUUUCACUGAUCUCAUAGCAACCUGGUCUUAAUCCUUGGUAGGUGUAUCUAGCAUCUCACAUGUGAGAUAUCAGACGGUUCUUUAUCUUAAUUUUCCAAAUAAAUUUUGUAUUAAUAUGGAAUAAUAAAAAGACUACAGAAAUAAAUAGUAAAAAAAAUAUUUUAAUAA